ACAAAAAUAUUUAUAAUCAAAAUGUCAUCUAAAUGGAUGAUUAUUGGCAUAUCUGGUGUGACCUGCGGCGGAAAGACAACUUUGACACAACGAUUGGCCCAACAUUUUACUGAUUGUGUAACAAUGGACCAGGAUCAAUAUUUUAGGCUUGAAGAGGAUCCCAAUCACGAAUGGGUUGACGUGAGUCCCGGAGUGAGACACCAGAAUUGGGAGAGUAUGGCCAGUAUGGACUGGCAGGCGAUGACCAAUGCGAUCAACGAUAUUAUUGCCAAAGAGCCGCCCAAAUCAUCUGACUAUCCGGCGCUUUUGAUUGUCGACGGAUUUCUUAUAUUUAAUUAUAAACCUAUUUCCGAUGUCUUUUACAAGAAAUUUUUUAUAACCAUAGAUAAGGAUGAGUGCCUUAGGAGACGUACUGAAAGAGCAUAUUUACCGCCCGAUCCUAACGGCUAUUUUGAGUCGUGGGUUUGGCCAAUGUAUUUGAAAAACAGACACCUAAUGAAUGAUUGUCAAAAUGAUGUACCAAUUGAAUAUUUGGACGGAAGUCUCGAUAAGGAUAUCAUAUUUGAGACAGUUUUAGAAAAUAUUAAUCAAUUGCUUUCACAACAAACAAAGUUAUAG